GGAGAUAAUUUGUAGUGAUCAUGCUAGUGCCUUGGAAAAUAUUCGGAAACAAAACAACGAUAACGGAGCCGUAUUAUUUCAUGAAUUACGGCUAUACCAGUAAAUAUGGAAGAAUGUGUUCUGUGUCAUCAUUCUCUCCAGGACGGACGGGAUAUAGCUGUGACCUUACGACAAAAAGGUAGUAUAGGUAUAAACGAAGCCAGCAAGGUACGUGGCGACUCCAUACUUACUGUCCCAGGUCAACAAGUACACCAAGAUUGUCGCAAGUCAUAUGUUAAUCCAAAGUCUAUGCACCUAAACCAAAAGAAAUCUCAGGAUAAAGAUACGGAUUCCUUAUUAGCAUCAAAAAGCAGUCUUCGUUCGAGUUCCCUUUUUGAUUUUCAACAACACUGUCUUUUCUGUGGUCAAUCUGCAAGAUUGUCUGGAAACAAAAGAGGCCCUGACGUAUUUCCAGUUCGAACUUCAGAUUUUGAUUGCACAAUUUUGGAUAUUUGCACAGACCGCAAUGAUGAUUGGGCUGCUGAGGUGAAGGGAAGGAUAGAAUAUGCAGCUGAUCUUUACGCUGCUGAUGCAUUGUAUCAUCAAAGUUGUAGUGUUAACUUCCGAACCUUCAGACAGGUACCCCAAGAAUUUUCCCCACAAACAAAGAAACAGAGGACACCAGUUGGAAGACCAUCAGCAAAAAGAGAAAGUUUUAUAUAUGCAACAGAGUAUUUGGUUCAGCAUGACAAUGAACAAAUUACCAUCAUCGAUCUGGUAAAGAAAAUGGCAGAACAUUGUGGGGAAGAAAAUGCAUAUAGUGUGUCACAUAUGAAGGUUAAAUUAUUAGAACAUUUUGGACCUCGGAUUGUGAUAUCUGAAAUUAAUGGUAAAUCAAAUGUUGUGACUCUCCAAUACACUGCUAGGUCUAUUCUCCAGGAUUAUUAUGAGAAUCAGACAAAGAGUAACACUGAAUCGGAGACAAAAUUCAUCAUCAUGACAGCAGCCAAACUUCUUAAAAAAGAUAUACGUGCAAUGCAAGCAUCUAAGGAUUACUAUACGGCGACUGAGGAUUUGUCUUCUUUGGACAAAAAUAUCGACUUUGUUCCAGAAUCUCUUCAGCUUCUGCUUAGGACAUUGUUUUCAAAAGACUCUGAACUACGUGUAGCUUCCAUUGGACAAGCACUUAUACAAAGUAGUGCCCCAAAGCAGUGCAUUUCGCCUCUACAAAUCGGACUUGGUGUGCAAUUACACCAUCACUUUGCAUCACGACUGCUGAUAGAUACAUUAUCAAAACUGGGAUUUUGUUCUUCCUAUACAGAAGUUCAGAAAUUUGAAUCAUCAGCUGCGUUUGAGAAAGGCAAAGACCGUCCUAUGACUGGCUUUGAUCUUGAAGGAUGUCUGCAAUAUGUAGCAGACAACGUUGACCAUAAUACAAGAACGCUUGAUGGCAAAAAUACAUUUCAUGGUAUGGGCAUUAUAGCUGGAGUUACCCCUGGAAUAACUGGUUCCAUCAAAGUUCCAAGACGGGAAGUAUCAGCUGAGGAAUUGCGUGUCAUGGGCAAAAUCAACGUUAAACAUUAUGUUAAAAAACUAUCUGAACAUGGGUUUGCUGCAUUGAAAUAUCAAGAACUUCGCAAGAUGACUGUUGUAAAUAAAGCAGAAAUGAUGGACAUCUUACAUAGUGUGGCUUGGCCUUUAAGAACACCUGCUCCAAUCUGGUCUGGAUUCAUGCAAAUGGUGAGCAAGGGCAAUCAUCCAGGACAAUCGUCAAUUGUGUUCCUUCCUAUGAUAGAUAUGGAUCCUACAAACAUGUCAUGCAUCUACUCAACCAUACACUUUGUCACUUCAGAGGCUAUACGUUAUGGGACAACUCCAGUCUUGACCUUCGACCAGCCCCUUUUUUGGAAAGCAAUGGAGAUUGUUUGUAACGAACUUCCUGGAAGUGAUAUAGCUGAUGUAGUUCUACGUCUGGGAGGUUUUCACACAGAGAUGAGCUUUCUGGGAAGCAUAGGUCGUAUCAUGAGUGGGACAGGACUACAGGAUGCGUUAGAAACUAUAUUUGCUCCGAAUGCCGUCAGUCAUAUGCUCAGCGGGAAAGCAGUAGCCAGGGCUGUGAGGGGAUUUAUGCUGGUGGAUUUGGCUUUACAGUCUCUACUUGUAGAACAGAUGUUUCAGGCACAGUGUGAAUUCAACGAAGAGUGUACAGAAUAUCCAGAACUCCUCCAAAGUGUUCUUGCCCUUUAUGAUAACUUGAUGAGUGAGCACUACAACAGCAGUGAAUCAAUUGAAUCAAAUGAAUCUCUGACUGAAAUUUCUACCAUGAUGUCAGAUUUGAAAGAGCAGCUUCAGAGGUCAAGGACAUCUUCUCUGUGGAUCACUUUCUGUGAAAUGAUGGCGAUUCUUCGACGAUUUCUAAAGGCUGAACGGACCGGAAAUUGGGACUUACAUUUACAGACAACUCGGGAAAUGUUACUAUACUUUGCAGCAUCUGGACACAACCUGUAUACAAAAUCUGCGUAUAUUUACCUCUCCAACAUGCAAAAUCUUGAAUCGGAACACCCAGAUGUUUAUCAACACUUUCAGGAUGGUCAUCACGUUCUACGACGUAGCAACCGUUAUUGGGCUGGUCUCUCUACUGAUCUUGCGAUUGAACAAGUACUGAUGAAAAACAUAAAAUCUUGUGGGGGUUUGACUAGAGGACGGGGAAUGGAUGAAGCCCAGAGAGCCCAGUGGGUGUUAUCUAUGCCGGCGUGUGCAGAGUACAAUUCAGCAAUGCAAAACAUCACUGGAGUGAUCACUCGGUCAGAUGAUCAGCACAAGGAAAUGUCAAAAGGCCGGAUGGCGAGAGAUUUCAAGGACACCCAGACUAUCAUUGACUUCCUCAAAGAAAGAAAUCCAUUUGCAGAAGAUCUUUCUUUACGAAAUAUCGUCACUGGAGAGGUUGCAGAUGAUACAGCAAAUGCAGACAAAGCGUUAGAAAUUGGGCAGAAGAUCCUGAAGAAGAUGGUGGACCAACCUGUUACUGAAUUUUCCUUCAAAAGAUCAGAACAAGUAAUCACAGUUGGAACAAAACCCAAUUCGAAAUCUGGAUUUGAUCAUGAUCAUAUUGAUGUGGAUCCCCAAUUGAUGUUCCAGCGUCUUAUAACAGCUGCAAAUGGUCUGUUUGAGAACACGUCAGAUGUUUUCAAGCAUGAAUUAUCCAGUUUCCCAUCAUCGUUAUUUGACAACAACGGAUUGCCACAAGAGAGUUGCAAGUCACCACCCUUGAUGAAAACGUGCAGCAUGUGA